UUGUGCAGUACUUACAUCUUUUGCUCGCCUUACGAACAAAUUUGUAAGACGCUUUACAUCCUGCUGAACGGGAAGUAGCUUUUGAUUAUAUUUCUCCUCUCAGCUGCUAUUUGUGACCCACGAGCUCCCUGGUGAAUUCCCAAGGAAUGCUGCGAGCCAGGGAACCGGAGCGGAAUUCCCUGAGGUUGUGCAGAAGGGUCUGAGGCACAGCUGGGAACCAAACCCCAGUCACCCGACACCCGGCCCUUGCCUUAACUGCUGUACAAGAAUUUCCUCCUACUGUGCCUCUAAUAGAAACCGCGGGGCCAAAUUAAGUGGGCAGAUUGUAAUCACUGCUGCUGAGUUAUCCCAGCGGUGGAAUUACUGCAGCCCUCUGCUUUUCCCUACUAAUUUGGAAAGUUUGCUGCCUCUCCCCCCCUCCUCUGCUCCCAGAGCUCCACCUUGCCACAUUCCAGGCUCUGCCUUGUGGGAAAAAGAGCCCGAAUGACCAUAAAGAGCCCAGAUGUUGUGGCUGGGGGCAGGAAGCACAAGUCAGCUCUCCCUGAUUUGUGAAGCUAAAAAUAGUGAGAGCAUUAAUACCAAUGUCUGCCUUCAGCUGCCUGGGCAGCCUGGGCUCUCCAGAGGCAUCUUCCUUGUGGGAGCCGUAUGGGCACAGGGAGCAGGCAGGCAGCUCGUUAGAUGAAUUCCUCGGUGCCUUGGUUCCUUGUUUUAUUUGCGUUACAGGAGUGCCUGCAGGCCUGAGUGCAGCUCAGACCCCCAGCUAGGCGUGGCAAGAGACUGCGUGAGCCCAAAGAUGCUCCGGAUGAAUUUCGGAGUAAGGAAAUGUAGUGAGUGACAGGGAGGGGACAGAACCUGCAGCCACGUGGCACCGACAGCAGUAAACCUGGGGAGGGAAACCCUUGAGAUCAGCACUGGGACAAAGAAGAGAGGUGGAGAAGGAGUCGAUGUGAGAUGUGGGACAGGUCUGAGCCAAGGAGCUGAGGGACAGCAGGAAUGGCAGAGCUUCACUCUCCCAGCAGCGAUGAGAGAGACUGACAGUGCUAUGAGUCCCUUCUGGCUCCGUCUGCACAACGGCUGCUGCCUCUGCAUAUUCAUUGGAUGGUAAUGCAGGAUGUCGGCAGCGGCGGUAGAGUUUGGCUCGGUCCCACUGCGUUUUUCUUCUGCCGGUUGUGACUCUGAAUCACCAUGACAACGCUGUGACACUUCCAGCAAAGGUUGCCCGCGGACCAAGGGUGGGCUGGGGGUGGGCGAGAAGGUCAAUGAUCGAGUCUAACGGGAUCAGAAGUUGCGCCUGCAGCAAAACAACCGUGGAAGAGCCGCCGGCACGGCAAGAAGAUGAAAUUCCCCUUCCACUGGCUUCUUGUUGAGCAGGCACAAUAACAUUUCCCUUCGAGAGACUCGCUAUAAAAACUCUUUUGGUUAUGGCUACUGAUCCAACGUGAUUGCGCGCGCGGCGACUUUGGAACUCAUGACUGGCUAUACGAUGUUGCGCAAUGGGGGAGUGGGGAACGGAGGCCAGCCAUGGGUGUUGAGGUGGUCCAGUCGGAUCCGGCUCACCUGGCUUAGCUUCACCCUCUUCGUCAUCCUCGUUUUCUUCCCCCUCAUUGCCCACUACUACCUGACCACCAUCGACGACGCGGACGAUGCCGGCAAGCGCAUCUUCGGCCCCCGCACCGGCAACGAGCUGUGCGAGGUGAAGCACGUGCAGGACCUGUGCCGCAUCCGCGAGUCGGUCAGCGAGGAGCUGCUCCAGCUCGAGGCCAAGCGGCAGGAGCUCAACAGCGAGAUCGCCAAGCUCAACUUGAAGAUCGAGGCCUGCAAGAAGAGCAUUGAAAAUGCCAAGCAGGACCUGCUGCAGCUGAAGAACGUCAUCAGUCAGACUGAGCAUUCCUACAAAGAGCUGAUGGCUCAGAACCAGCCCAAGCUCUCCUUGCCCAUCCGGCUGCUGCCAGAUAAGGACGAUGCCACCUUCCCCCUGCCAAAAUCCAACAGGAACUGCAGGCUGCACAACUGCUUUGACUACUCACGCUGCCCGCUGACGUCUGGCUUUCCAGUCUACGUCUACAACAGUGACGAUUACCCUUUUGGUAGCUCCUUAGACCCUUUAAUUAAACAGGCCUUUGAGGCGACUGUCAGAACUAAUGUUUAUGUUACUGAAAAUGCAAAUAUUGCUUGCGUGUAUAUAAUUUUAGUGGGGGAAAUGCAAGAGCCCGUAAUGCCAAAACCUACUGAACUAGAGCAACAGUUGCACUCUUUGCCAUAUUGGAGGACUGAUGGACACAACCAUCUCAUCAUCAAUCUCUCGAGGAAAUCGGAAACUCAGAACUUCAUUUACAACAUCAGCACGGGGCGCGCCAUGAUCGCCCAGUCCACCUUUUACGAUGCCCAGUAUCGACCGGGGUUCGACAUCGUGGUGUCACCUCUGGUCCACGCCAUGUCCGAGCCCAACUUCCUGGAGAUCCCGCCCCAGGUGCCGGUCAAGCGUAAGUACCUGUUCAGUUUCCAGGGGGAGAAGAUCGAGUCCCUCCGCUCCAGCUUGCAGGAGGUUCGCUCUUUCGAAGAGGAGAUCGAAGGCAACGCCCCGGCCGACUACGACGACCGGAUCAUCACCACCUUGAAGGCUGUUCAGGACAGCAAGCUGGACUUCGUUCUGGUGGAGUUCACGUGUAAGAACCAGCCUAAGGCGAGUCUGCCCACUGAGUGGGCUCUGUGUGGAGAGAGGGACGACAGACUAGAGCUACUGAAGCUUUCUACUUUUGCACUGAUCAUCACCCCCGGGGACACCCAUUUAGUGAUCUCCGCCGGGUGUACCAUGAGACUGUUUGAGGCUCUGGAAGUCGGGGCCAUCCCGGUGGUUCUCGGAGAGCAGGUUCAGCUACCCUACAACGAUGUGAUCCGGUGGAAUGAGGCAGCCUUAAUUAUACCAAAGCCACGUAUCACAGAAGUGCACUUUCUUCUGAGAAGCAUUUCUGACAACGAUCUCCUUGCCAUGAGGAGGCAGGGCCGCUUCUUGUGGGAGACCUACUUCUCCACCUCCGACAACGUCUUCAGCACAGUCUUAGCUAUCAUAAGGACUCGAAUCCAAAUCCCGGCUGCUCCCAUCCGAGAAGAGCCCGCCGUGGAGAUCCCCCACCGGUCUGGCAAAGCUGCUGGCACAGACCCCAAUAUGGCAGACAAUGGUGACCUGGACUUGGGGCCUGUGGAAACAGAACCACCCUACGCCUCUCCCAAAUAUCUCCGCAAUUUCACCCUCACCGCGAUGGAUAUCUACAGGAAUUGGAAUUCUGCCCCGGGGCCUUUCCACCUCUUCCCCUACACUCCCUUUGACCCUGUUUUACCAUCAGAAGCAAAAUUUUUGGGGUCUGGGACUGGAUUUCGACCAAUUGGUGGAGGAGCAGGUGGCUCUGGGAAGGAGUUCCAGGCUGCUUUGGGUGGCAACGUCCCGCGGGAGCAGUUCACGGUGGUGAUGUUGACUUACGAGCGGGAGGAAGUGUUGAUGAACUCCCUAGAAAGGCUCAAUGGUCUCCCCUACUUAAAUAAAGUUGUGGUGGUGUGGAACUCUCCCAAGCUUCCCUCCGAGGAUCUCUUGUGGCCGGACAUUGGCGUCCCAAUCAUGGUCGUGCGCACGGAGAAGAACAGCCUGAACAACCGGUUCCUGCCCUGGGACGAGAUCGACACCGAGGCCAUCCUGUCCAUCGACGACGACGCCCACCUGCGCCACGACGAGAUCAUGUUCGGCUUCCGGGUGUGGAGAGAGGCCAGGGAUCGCAUCGUGGGCUUCCCGGGGCGCUACCACGCCUGGGACAUCCCCCACCAGUCCUGGCUCUACAACUCCAACUACUCCUGCGAGCUCUCCAUGGUGCUCACUGGUGCUGCCUUCUUCCACAAGUACUACGCCUACCUGUACUCCUACGUGAUGCCCCAGGCCAUCCGGGACAUGGUGGACGAGUACAUCAACUGCGAGGACAUCGCCAUGAACUUCCUGGUGUCCCACCUGACCAGGAAACCUCCCAUCAAGGUGACCUCCCGCUGGACCUUCCGCUGCCCCGGCUGCCCCCAGGCGCUUUCCCACGACGAUUCCCACUUCCACGAGAGGCACAAGUGCAUCAACUUCUUCGUGAAGGUGUACGGGUACAUGCCCCUGCUCUACACCCAGUUCCGCGUCGACUCGGUCCUCUUCAAGACCCGCCUGCCCCACGACAAGACCAAAUGCUUCAAGUUCAUCUAGGGAUGGGAGCAGCCGGACGUUGCCAGCUCCCAGCUGCGGUGGGAGAGGCCGGCACGGGGCUGUUUUGGUGGGGCUGUGAGUGGAAAAGGCCUGGAUUGGGACGGGCUCUUCCCUCUUCCCACGGUGGCUCACCCGGACAGGGAAGGGGACGCCACGGCUCCUGUGAGGACACACCCACGGAUCGUACACUGAGGAACGGCUCGCUGGCCACUGGCUCUGCCCCUUCGCCAGCCAAGGGCAGCCGUUCUUUUUAAUUAUAAUUAUUGUUAUUUAAAAUGAAAGUGUUUUAGAUUUGCCGCGU